CCUGACCUGUUCCGUCACGUGAUCUGCAGGCAAGAUGGCGGUGCCCGGGGCAUAUCAGGAACCACUGUAAAUAAGAAGAAAGUGGAGAAUGUUGAGUGACAGAAGUUUUAGAUUGACGUCUCAGCGGUAAAAUGGAACUAAGUGUUCUUCUGGAUCCUUCUAUAACUUUACAAGACUGGACUGAGCUGCCUCUAAAGGUGUCCUUGACCAGACUCAAAAACCUGACCUUAUGUAGCCUUCUGCCGGACAGAAGCCUCUGCCUCACUAUCUUCACCUCUAGAACAAGGGCUCGUACACAGCUGGAUGGACCCUUCACUCAAUUUCUGUGGGAAGAUGAGAACCAUAAUGAGACUGCACUGGACCAGAACCCACUUGUCUUGACUCUUGGUCAGAACAAUGAUAUAUGUGUCUAUGAAGUGUCUACUGAGGAUGGGCAGGUGACAUUGGCUACUCUCUGUCUCUGUGAUGAAGACACCUUGAGGCAGCUCUGUGCAGAGAAUCAUGUUUGUGUUCCUUCCUUGUUCUCGGUUCUUCUCCUGUCUCUUCAUGGUGAUGACAUAUUCAUUUUGCUCAGCAGUAGUGUCUUUGUACAUCUUUGCUACUCUGGCAAGGACCAGAAGCCAAACCUUGUGUCUUGUUUCUGUCUGGACCUGGACCCGGAGACUACAGAACACAUCUCCGAUGCAUGUCUCAGGCAUGAAAUCCUGUUUCUUCUGAACACUUCAGGGCUCAUUUAUGUUUUUGACACCCUUGAUGGGUCGUUAGUGGCUGACAUUGAACUUCCCACAUGGGCUGACAUUGAUACAGCAGAAAAACUGAAAAGUAUACGCGUGUCUUCAAACCUAGAUCUCAUCGUUGUCUCCUCUGAAAGAUCUUGCUUUCUUCCCUUGAGGUUAAGUGAAAAUCUCAGAGAGAACAUCAAUCUGGCACUACAGAAAUGGCGUAACGAGCGGCACUCAAGGAUAUCAUUCUUUAAGGAGACUCAAGGACAUGAUUUUCAAAUGGACAGGUCAUGGGAUGGCACAUUAUUGUCACUGCUCUACAAGACCAAGAGCAGCCCAGGCUUUCCUGUGUGCCACCAGACUGCUAGUUUACAGCUCAGAAAUUCGUCCUCUGGAGCAGCAUUUAGAUGGACAGUAUUUGGAGGAGGUUGGGUGAAAGUCCUGAAAGAUAAUAUUGAGGAUCCUUUCAGUCUUCACAUAUGGUCUGUGACCUCCUAUAGCAUGUUGUUCUAUGUUCUGCAAAGAGAUGGGUAUACCACCCUGAUACACUGGGACAUGGAUACACCGGGCGUUAAUUACCAUGCUCUGGGAAAAGCUUUGUGUGUUUAUUCUCCAGAUGAUGAAGCUCCUUUGGUGAUCACAGAUCGAGGUCUUUCUCUUGUCCUUUUUUCGGUGACACAAAAUGAGUUCCUGACCCGGUUAAUGAUUCAUGGCAGUGCCAGUACUGCGGAUACUCUGUGCCACCUAAAUAAUUGGGGGCGCUGUUCUGUACCCAUUCACACACUGGAGGCCGGCUUGGACAACAGGCAGUUGGAUACAGUUGACUUUUUCCUAAAGAGUAAAGAAAGUAUCCUGAGCUCUUUAACCUCUGAGGACGGUGCCAUUCAUUCUGAGGUCUACCUCUGCAAUGUGCAGGAUCUUGUUCCAGCUCUGGAUCUGCUCUCCUCUUACAUCCAUGGCACAGAUCAGGAGGCUCAAAGUAAACACUUCUCCGAGCAACUCUUGCAGCUCACGCUCCGCUUCCUCAAUGCUCAGUUGCUGACACUCUGCAAUUUGCAGUCUGAGCCAGACCCUGGCUUAGAACAAUGUGUGGGAAUAUUGACUGGUUACAUUACUAAGCUUCGACCUUUCAUGAAGAAGUUUCAGCAGCAGCAGCCACCGGUUCCUUUGAUGCCCCCACAUGCUGGGAGAAGACAUGGAGCGUGGGAGAACAUGACUGUGGAGAAUAUGAUUUCAGAUGCCAUCCUGACAAACUGCAUCCCUGAAGCCCAAACCUUCUUGCGAGAACAAGGACAUCACCUAUCUAGCUUGACUUGGUUAAAAAGAGAAGGCCUGAAACUGGUUUACAGAUGUCUACUAGAGUGCUCUGUAUCAGAGGCCUGCCAGCUUCUCCAGAACAUGGGCUAUUCCAUAUGGGAUGAACUUCAUCGUAUAUGUCUGCACACUUCAGAUCUCGGAGUACGGACACUAUUGGUUGACCUGCUGCAGAAAGAAGGACUUUUCUCAGAACAGCAACAACAAGCGAUCCAUACGGUGUGCCAACUUGAGAAACUGUAUUGUAACACGUGCCGGACCAGCGAGGAGAAGAAAAAUGUGCUUAUCGCUAGACCUUCAUGGAGAAUCUGUGCUAAGUCUCAGGAGGUGAAGAAAUUGCAAGAUGCUCUGACUGCUGUAAGAGAUGAGCCACAGACUUUACUUCUUCAUUGGGCUAAGGACUGGGACUGUGAGACACAAGAGUCACUUUUGCUGCCUUGGAGGAAAAACACAGACAUGUCUGCUAUCGCACCCAAAAUCCUUUGGCGCCACUUGACUAUGUGGCAUGAUUGGACACAGGUUGCCUCUUGGAUUGAAAGCAUUGGACUGCCCCAGGAAAAGGGAGAUAUAGAGCGCCCCCUCUGGCCUCUCAUCAGUCCAACAGUCAUUGAUACGAAUACCUUAUGUUGCAGCUACAUGAGGCAGAAAAUACUGGAUGAGUUAUCAAGGAUGAACAUUUUUAUUCCCUCUGAAGUGGAAGAUUUUGAGCUCCUUGUGGAACGCUUGGCCAUUAGUGGGAGACUGAUGGAACUCACUACUUCAAAGAGUCCAGAUGUUCAUAACAGCUUUGUAGUCUUAUGUGUUGAGCGUGGACUCCAGUACAUGCUGUACAGUUAUCUAGAUUGUCACAGAUUGAAUCCAGAAACGUGCUCUGCUUUGGCCAAGACAACCUUACAUGAGACGUACCCAUGGUUUGGGUUUUUGGUGCAUAUUCGACAAGUUUGUGACAAUACAGAUGCUGAUCGGAUGUUCCAGGCCAGCCUGUCCAACGCCCAUAUGCUGAUGCCUGGUUGCCAGCCAAGUGUAAACAAUAUGCUCCUGGAUGGGCAUACUCUCCUUGCUCUUGCGACAAUCAUGUAUGCUCCUGGAGGAAUUGAUGGGGUAUUGAAGCAGUGUGAGGAGCCAAGCCUUUGCCAAUGGAAUGUAGACCUUCCAUUAUUAAAGAUGGCACUGACCCCCUACCCCAAGCUCAGAGCAGCUCUCUUCUCCCAGCACCCGUCUAACGCUGGAUCACCUCCUGACAUUACUCUUUACCAUCUUCUGCAGGCCCUUUCACCCUUCCAUCCUGCGCAUUUCUUCACAUGGCAGCCAACAAAUUCUCUGGCAGCAAGUGACACCAGUUCGGCGCUUCCACACUGCUCCUGUCCUAAACUGGUGAAAGAUCUGUCAGUAGUGGAGCAGCUGGAUACAUUCUUCUAUAUACGCAGUGGCCGGCCAUCCAUUGCCUUUUCCUUUUUUCUUGUGCAUCAUCUUCUGAAAAGCAAAGUUCCCAAGCAGCUAAUUCAUCAGGUUGCAGAAGAUGUGUACUCACUAGCCUUGUCAUGCUUUCAUGUCCCCGUUGUCAUUUCCUCCUGCGUUUGCUUCCUUGAGCUACUUGGUCUUAGUAGUUACAAGCUUCGUGUGGAUGUAAAUGUGGCCAACGUCCUCCUACGGCACAGUUCAUCUCUCCAGGAGGAGUCGGGACACAAAUUCCACAUAAAAGCAUUAGCUCAGAGGCUGUCAAAACUAGUGGAAAAUGAAGUAGAGGCUGCAAAAGAUCUUUUACUAAGCUUAGAAGACGUGGUGGAUGCAACUUUGCAGCAGGAUGACAGUCCACUUCCUCCUCACAGUCUAUGGGUCACAGUGGUUCAGUUCUGUCUCCUCCAUGAUAUUCCUAUGAGCACCAGCUAUUUGAGGUACUGUGCACAGAGACAAGACUGGCUGCAGCUGCUGGUUCAUACAAACAGCCCAGAACAGGUCUUCUAUGUCUUGGAUGAUUUGAAUCCAGUUCUGUGUAGUCAUAUCUCCUUGGCGUUACAAGACAAAGUCUCCAGUGAUUGCUCCUUGCAAAGAAUUGUCAGUGACACAACCUGGGAUAGUCUCCACCAUGUGCUGCUGAAAUGCCUUAGUAUGGAAGAACCAGGACAGAUGCUUCUGAAGGAGUGUAUGAGAUGGAGAGUGCCACUAUUCAGUGCUCUGGCUGCUUCUACACAGGAUGCAGACCCCAUCUCGUGUCUAUGUGCCUGGAUCGUGACUUCCGUGGAUGCUGCUACUUAUACAGAGAUCACGCAGACAAUGUCUGAUUCUGUUGAUCAUAAGUGGAGCCUGGAAGAUCUGGUGCAGAUUUGGGAUAUUCUCCUGGCAAGGGCGGAUAGCGGCACACUGGAGAAAGCCUUCAGCAUAUUUAUGGAGGACUGCCCUUUGCUGAUCCUGCUUGAAAUGUAUGAGCUUUGUCUGCAUCACAAGAAUUACACACAGGCCGAGCAUAAAGUAGUGGAAUUCCAGGGCAGGAUGACGAGUCUCCAGUCUACCGAUUGCUCCCACCCCGCUCCGAUCCCUGUCUUGUGGCUUCACGCCCGGGCUUCUCAUCUACUCCAGCUUCUUCUUCUCCAGAGCCGGACUCCAUAUGAGUUACAGAAAGUUUUGCAGUUUCUUUGUGAUAGCGGCAGCCAUAACAUCUGUGAAGGAAUGGAUAUUCACAAACUGAAUGCUCUCUACCAAAUCCUGGACGGUUAUCCUGUUGUCAUUAGGAAGCAGCUUAUAGAAGACUACAGCCCCGCCGCGCUCCAGGUGGAGUGUCAGAGACUGCUGCAGACUCUGCUGGAAGGAGCUCACUUCGCUUUGGCUCAUCAAGUAGCUGAACUUGCAGAUCUGCCCACUGACAAUCUGGUUAUAGAAGAGGUGCUACAAGACCAAAGCCUUCUUCGAGAGAUGGGGCAAUGGGGGUGCCCACAGAGCCGAGCACAGUAUUGGCGGAAGUGUCAUGUGACUUUUUGCAGCAAACAGCUGUCCCCUGUAGUGGCAUCCAACUUCUUUCAAUCUCAAGCCUCCCAUCACGCAGCCACUGGCACCCUCCUAUUAGAGCAGAUGGAGGCACUGGCAGAACAAGAGCUGUUGUUCACACUUGCAGGGCACUGGCUCUCUCUUCAUGAAUGCUCUUCUCUGAGGACAUUAGAAGAAUUAGAACAGCAGAUCUGGAAGUAUCGCAUCGAGCGAGAAACACUAAAUAGAUCUGGUGGAUCUCGCCUACUGUCCUCUCUUUCCGGUUUUACUAAGUUUGCCUCAGAAUUUUCAUUUUCUGGUCUGGCUGCACUCAACUCUUUUCAGCUUCUCGACAUCUUCAGUCUUCCUCCACUACAUGGUGAUAAAAAUGCAAACUCCCGCGUACUGUGUGGUCUGAUAGACCGGCUACUAGAUGACAGUAAGGUACAUGAAGCCAGCCGUGUUUGCAGGUACUUCCAGCUCUCCCAUCGUGAUGUAUGGAUUGUGCUGAGCUGCCGGGCUCUGGCAUCUGGAGAAAUGACAAUGCAUCAACUGCCUCCAGAUAUCCAGGAUAUCAUUACUGAGGGCAAAGACGUACAAGAGAACACAUGGAACCGGAGAAGGAGAUUGCAAAGUUCAUCCAGUGUGGACUCCACAUCUUCUCAGACUCCCACUAACCCUGUUGUCACAUAUCUGGAGGUCCUGAAGGAUGCUUGUUCACAUGGAAAGACUUUCUGCAGACAGCUGCUGUGUAUGUAUGAGCUGAGUCAGGAUCUUGGAUGUUCCUUCUCAGAAGUAUCAUCCCGAGAUCCAAGAGAAGUUUUGGUUACCUUGUUGUCCAGCUUUCGUCCUGAGCUUUGUGACCGAGCACAAGCAGUCAUCACUUCACAUGGACUUUCCCCUGAGACUGUAGCCCAUAUUGUUGCUGAAGGAAGCCUGAAGAUAUGGAGGACACUAAACAAGGAAGGAGGUCAGUUUGAGGUAUAUAACCUCUCUGAGAACAGAUCCAACUUUCUUCAGCUUGCAAAGCUGUGUCCUGAUCCGACUCUUGUGGGGUUAUAUUUACUGGAUCAUCUAGAGACUGUUCCACUUACUGAGCUUCAUUGUGUAAUUGAAAUCCUUAUCUCUGCUCAUGAUUGCUUCAGUCUGACAUGCCACCUAGAAGGGAUAGGGCGCGUCCUCCAAGCAUGUCGCAACCUGACGGAGAUGCAUUUAGCUCCCAACCAGGAGUAUAGCCUAAUGGUUAGACUCCUGUCAGGGAUUGGUCGAUAUAAUGAUAUGGUUUAUGUCUUUGAUAUCUUACACAAAAACCAGCAUUUUGAGGUUUUGCUAAGGAAACAGCUUGAUACGAAGGGCGGAUUGCAGACUGCACUUUUGGAAUAUAUUAAGCGAUGUCACCCAGGUGACAGCGAGAAGCACAAUAUGACUGCACUCUGCUUCAGUCUACAUCGGGAUAUUGGCCACAACCACGAGCAUGCAGCAAAAAUCCAGCUCAGAUUGAUCCAGUCUAAGCCUUGGGAAUAUUGGAUGUCUGACCAGGGAGAGCUGAGAUCUUCUAUUAUGAAGGCCCUCACUCUGCUGAUUGAUGCUGCUGAGAGUUAUUCGAAGGAUUCUUGUGUUCGCCAGUCACUACGAUGUGCCCGCCUCACCCGUCUUUUGACCCUACAACUUCAUUUGUUGAACAAUGGCCACCAAACGAAGCUGAUUAACCUGGAAAGAGAGAACUUGAUGGAGCCCAUAUUAGCACUUCCAAGAUUUUACCAGGCUGUUAUUGUUACUGAAGCAUAUGAUCUGCAGCCAGACUGGCCAGACGUCUUGUAUAGCAAAGUUAUUGUUGGAGGCGAUUUUCAGUACCUAGAAGAGUUCAAGCAGCGUCAGCUUCUCAGCAGUGGAGUGUUCGAGCAGUUGUCAAACAAAUGCAAACUGAACCCUCCUGGGUCCACUGGACUACAGAACCUGAAGCGAGUGAUCUCUUACUGUGAGGACAUCAACACACGUUAUAAACUGGCUAUUGAAAACAAAUUCUACGACAUUACUGAUGUCCUGAUGAGAGACUCGCAGACACGAUGCUGCUUGACAGAUAUGCUGUCUCGAUAAAGGUCCUGAACAGGAUAGCACACCUCAGAAUCAUGCUGAACAAGCAGCAGUUUGCAUAUUUUUUACUAGACUUCUACGUGUCAGACAGAAACCUGUGGAAUUACAGCCGCCUCUAGCAACUUUUUUGGGAAAGAAGGAACAAAUAUGUGUUUCGGGAAACUUGAAAGUUUUUUUUUUGUUCAAAUAGUCUACUAGACUAAGCGACAAUAGUAGCACUAUCUGUAUGUGCUGUUAUCAUACUGCUGCACUGUAUUCCACUUUAUGCUGAUUUUGCACUAAAGACUUGCUUACAGAAGCAGAUUUAGACAAGUAUUUCCCUCAAAUUUUUUGCCAAAAUGGAACUGCAUCUGAAAUGGAGGUAGUUAAUAGAGGCACCGGUCCGGUCAACCACUCAUCCCUCCCUCUUCCAUUAAAAGGGUCAUCCCAUGACAACCUCUUUCUAACAAAGCUAGAACCAGCCCUGUACCUCACAUGGAUCCAGAGAUCUCCACAUUCAUUGCUCAACUUUUUCUGCUAGAGAGUGUGUCC